AUGUUGCCUUCUCCAAGUUCUUGCAAAUCUAAAGGAUUUCUGCAAGUACCUAGUGAUAAUAUUACUGAGGAUGGAACAUUCAUGCUGUUAACACCAGAAACCCCUGGUGUAGAACGAAAGCGCAGGAUCGUGGACGACGAAGAUGAUCGAGUCAGUCUUAGUGACGAGGACAGCGACUCAGAUCUUGAUGGAUCGACACUUAUUAGCAAUAAUUUUUCGAAACGAGCACGGGUGUCUGACUUGUCUGAUGGAUCUACUUCCCUAGAAGGUUCUUAUGCCUCCUCGGUUUACGAUGUCGAUUUCGAGGGAAGCACACUCCUAGAUGAUAGACCACUAAGCGGGAUCGGAGAUUCCGAUCAUGAUACAGGAGAUAUUUCAUCCUCCGGUUCUGACAUCUCUUCUCUGAGUGGAGGUGAGGAAUCUUCAUUUUCGGAUGAGGAGGAACCCUCGACGCCAGGCUCUGGGGUCGAAGCCAGAGAGAGCGAAAGGGAAGCUGAAAUGUUAAAGGCGCAGCUAUCCACACAGCUGAGAAGGAGAAACGGAUCUCGAUACAGCAAUAAUACAGAAGAGCCCUAUCACCCAUCGCCCAAGAUUGUUGAUAGGAACCUUUCUACGGAAACUGUUCAUCGUGAUACUCAUGAAAGUGAUCUUAGUGAAGAUGAAAUAUACAAUGCUAAGAACUCUGCAAAAAGGGGUGAUAAGAGGGAUUUGGAUGUUGAAUUCUAUAUGGAGAAGGCGAAGAGAUGGGCAGCUGCUGUGGAGGGCCCCGCUGGGAAUUGGUCAGAUGCAGAGAAAGAUAUGUAUUUCCGCCUGGCAAUGAGAGGAUUUGAAGCUAUACUGCCGCGCAGUUGGAAGAUGGACUUUAUGACUUUACCUGACUCACUUUUCGCAACUCCCGGUGACCAUACCGCCUAUCUCUCUUGCAAGAACGAGUUUCGAGGUAUGAGGUACUUUAGCGAUCUUGUUGCUCUCGGUGGGCGUGUGAGGGACCGGAUUACUUGCGAUCUGCGCCCGGAGCGAACAACCAAAGAUGCAGUCAACAUCAUGAACGAAAGAUUAAUCGCCGUGGCGAAGAGUUAUCAGAGCUCCUGGACCCUAACUCCAAGCAUAGAAAGUCGCGACUCGGCCGACAGCUAUUUUGACAUUGAACAGCAGUACCAGGAUCGCACGUUUCCUGUUAUAACGGGAUUUUUGAUCUGCGGAUCAAUAGUGGCAUUGAUGACUCUCGACUCUGACCCGAAGGCCCACCCUGUAUUCGACACGAAGACAAGCGGAAGACUAAUCUCACGUUUUAACUUUUCCGAGUAUGGACAGGAUGUUUGGAAUGCAUUAGCUAUCGCAAUUGCUGUAGCACAGAUCCGAAAGACUAUAGCUCAAUGUGAGGAAGAAGGCAAAGGGGAUAUUAUGUGGAUGGCUGAUCAAAUACCUCAUCUAACAGAUGAAGAUUUGUGA